CAGAGCGGAGCGCAGCGCGCAUGCGCAGACACGAGAGGUACGGUUGAAAACUCGCAGUCCAUCGCGCCGAGCACGAGAGGAGCAGCACAACUAAAUGUGACUUAUCCGAGCAUCAUCACAUCCGCGUCUCCGGGAGACAAAGACAAGCUCGAAAGGAGAAAACGCCGCGACCAGAGCCUCCCGGAGUUAGCACGAGACCGUUAUAUCACAACAACAUCUCGCGACGUGUCGACUGUUUGUCUGCCUCUAAUGUUUGCGACCAGCUGAGACGAGGGGGAUUUAUUCCUUCUUUUGGUCCUUUGCUUUUUGUUGACCGUUCAUAAGAACAGCCAAAAACCAAUAAAUACGGGUCAUGAUGGUUUGGUUAACAUUGCAUAAUAGGAAAGGGUUGAAUUGCUUGUGCGCGCAGUUCUUGCUGUGGAUUGUAUGUGCUGUGGACGGUGAGGAACAGCAGUUCAGUGUGGAGGCUUGGCUGCAGAGGUAUGGCUACCUCCCCCCUACAGACCCCAGAAUGUCCGUCCUGCGGUCAGAUCAGACCAUGCUGUCUGCUAUCGCUGCCAUGCAGCGUCUCUACGGCCUUAAUGUCACUGGUGCACUAGAUAAGAACACUAUUGAAUGGAUGAAAAAGCCGAGGUGUGGGGUGCCUGACCAGUUUGGUGGUGCCUCAAAAUUUAGCGUCCGAAAAAGACGUUAUGCCCUAACGGGGCAAAAGUGGCAACAUAAACAUAUCACAUACAGCAUAAAAAACGUUACGCCUAAGGUGGGAGCAGAAGAGACCCACAACGCCAUCCGCCGGGCAUUCGAUGUGUGGCAAAAUGUCACGCCGCUGCGUUUCGAGGCCGUGCCCUACAGCGAACUGGAACGCAACAAGAAGGAUGUGGACAUUACUAUAAUUUUCGCCUCAGGUUUCCACGGCGACAGCUCCCCUUUUGACGGAGAAGGGGGUUUUCUUGCACAUGCGUACUUUCCCGGACCGGGAAUCGGAGGGGACACACAUUUCGAUUCAGAUGAGCCGUGGACUUUGGGGAACCCUAACCAUGACGGGAACGAUCUGUUCCUGGUGGCGGUACACGAGCUGGGUCACGCUUUAGGCCUGGAGCACUCCAACGACCCCACUGCAAUCAUGGCUCCCUUUUACCAGUACAUGGACACAGAGAACUUCAGAUUACCACAUGAUGAUCUGCAGGGCAUCCAGAAGAUCUAUGGGCCUCCUGAUAAACUCCCUCAGCCCACGAGACCUCUACCUACGAUCCCACCCGCCCGCUCGCACCCUCCUAUAGAUCCACGCAAACACGACAGACAGACUCGGCCACCACGAUUACCGACCGGCGACAAACCGAUGCACCCCAAUGCUAAGCCAGACAUCUGCGACGGUGGCUUCAACACGCUGGCUAUCCUGAGAAGAGAGAUGUUUGUGUUCAAGGAUCAUUGGUUUUGGAGAGUCAGGGAUAACACUGUAAUGCCGGGCUACCCAAUGCUCAUCAAUGUGUUCUGGAGGGGUUUACCACCCAGGAUUGAUGCUGUAUAUGAAAACAGUGAAGGCAAAUUCGUCUUCUUCAAAGGAAAGCAGUUCUGGGUGUUCAAGGACACAAUGCUACAGCCUGGCUAUCCCCAGGACAUCUCAAUGUUUGGGAACGGCAUGCCAGCACAGAGCAUAGAGACAGCUGUCUGGUGGGAAGAUGUGGCAAAGACCUACUUCUUCAAAGGAGACAGGUAUUGGAGAUACAAUGAGGACAUGAGAACAAUGGACCCUGGUUAUCCAAAAUCCAUCACGGUCUGGAAGGGGGUUCCGGAUUCUCCGCAGGGAGCGUUUGUUGAUAAAGCCAACGGUUUUACGUACUUCUACAAGGGUAAAGAGUAUUGGAAAUUCAACAAUCACCGGCUACGAGUUGAACCCGGCUACCCUCGCUCCAUCCUAAAGGAUUUCAUGGGUUGCGACCUCACGCCCAUCGAUCCCGACAGGCAGCCAAAGGAAGACGUGGACAUCGUUAUCAAACUGGACAACGAAGCCAGCACGGUCAAAGCCAUCGCUAUCGUCAUUCCCUGCGUCCUGGCGGUUUGCUUGGUUGUGUUGAUCUACACCGUCUUUCAGUUCAAGAGGAAGGGUACACCUCGACACAUACUUUAUUGCAAACGCUCCAUGCAGGAGUGGGUGUGAGUUACAGCCGCCAUGUACUCUUCUACAGCCACUAGACAAAGUGGCGUUGGCAACCUAAACUUACAGACUUUGGCUCUUCACCUGCGUGAAGGAGAUCAGAGAGAGCCUUUGCUUUGAUUCCCCCUUCAGGAGAUGAUGGGCGCAUUCCCCCGAAACUCCCCACUCUUCUCCCAUUGGCCGAUGCACCCGCCGUAAGACUCGGGAGACUCGGUUCUCUCACGGUGCAUUGCGACAACCAGUGCCACUUCAGGUUUUCACUGUUUGGCGUCGAAGUGUUUGCUGUACCUUUUAGGUUUUACGACUGCACGCUUAAAACAGGAAACAAACGAAAACGUAUCCAUCGAAGUAGGAGUCCGUUUUUUAUCUUUAAGUAUUUUUCGGUUGGCUCCGGUUUAUAAUUUAUUUUCGAAACAAACAGAAAUAUUUACGAUUCCCUUUAAAGCACUCCCAAACCAAAUAAAAACUUUCUCUCCAAAGAGGAUCUUUUUUUUCUAUACGUAUUUUUUCUCCCUGCUCGAAAUACUUCGCAGUGAUAUGUAGUGGGGAAUUCUCGACUGUUUCUGGCAGUCUGUGUGAAAACCAGGGGCCAAAAUAUUUUGCAAUAUUUUAACAGCCUUAAUUAUGGAUGGUGUUGUUUGCUUUUAUUUCUCUUGAUUUUCAUUUAUUGUAAUUUUCGACUAACGCUUUGUUCGUCUAUUGGAAAAGGCGGCGCAAUAUAGCUUUGCUCCUCUUUGUCUGAUUUGAGAUCAAAAGUCGUGGUUAACCUCAUUUUGUCAGCAGGGUCGCAGGGACGGGACUCCUCUGCGUAACACGAAGCAUAUCAGUCAAAACAGAGGAAAGACCAAGCCACUGCAAUGACAAAAAGUUUAUUGCGAUCGUCUGACGCUUGAAUCAUCCGCUCACUUGUUUGGUUGUGUUUACAGACUUUUUCCAGAUUCAAGAAUUCGUUUCUUCCUCUUCCGAAAGGUUGCUCCGUACGUCAGAGCAUGUCACCCUCUUCGGACCGCCUUGUUUGUAGGUCUACAACCUUGAGACGUACGCUUCACAGGAACCAGAACAACCCGAUUAACUCAGGACAGCGCUUGAUUCAAAAUGUAUGCAAGCCUUCCUCAUUCAAUUCUGUGUCUUUAUCAAUCGAGAAGAAAAUCAAUGUCAUAUCUCACCAAUGCUUGCGAUUGAAAGUUAGCCUACUGCAAUAGGAUUGGACGAUAUGUUUUUUGGCGUUGCAGUCAAAGAUUUUUGCUUGCAUUGACAUUUUUACGUUUGUUUCUUUUUCGGUACAGUACAAUUGAAGAAAAUUUUAUUGUCUCAACCUCAAAAAUUAAAGUGGUACUUAAAAGUGCCGAGCUGUCGACCGGCAAGUUUUCUUUAUAUGCGACAAAUGCAGAUAAAAGAGAAAAUGUAUGCUAAUGCACUCCGGUUUAAAGGAAACAAGAGAUGAGUGUUUCUGCCAAGCAGUGUUUUGAAUGUGUGUCUGUACUGAUGCUUGAUUUAUUUCUGCUUUUAUUUCACUCUUAAAAAAUGAAGAAAAAAAAGGGACAUAUUCAAAUUCAUGUGUAUCAUGACACGGUUUGGGACAAACAGUCCUGACAGACUUAAUAAAUUAAUCAGUAUAUGAUUAAAAUGA